UUUCCGAAAUUCCUGUAAUAAUAUUCCACUUCAAAUCAGCGAUCUUUACGAGGCCAAAAAACAAGAGUUGUAGAUUCCAUUUCUAGUUAGUCAUAUCCCAUCUUUAACAUUUUGAUUCUAUUUCGUGUUUCUUUCGUGUUUCCUUUAUCAUUUAAUUACAAGCACUCCUCGUUUACAUCGAAAGUGCGUUUCCACACUACGUUUUGUUCUUCGCCAUAUCAUUUCAAAGGUUUACUUAGUUAAAAUUCGUGCUCGUUUGGACUAAAAGAGAUCCAAAAAGUACGUGUUGUUUGGCAAUGGAAGAGAUUCUGAAUAUGAACGACAUUUCGUCUUUAUAUUUUUCUCUCACUUGUUAAGGAUCUGUUUGUUAGGCCAGUUUGGUGUUUUGUACACUAUGGCGACAGGACAACUCUUCUCUCGAACAACACAAGCUUUGUUUUACAAUUAUAAGCAGCUGCCUAUUCAACGCAUGCUUGAUUUUGAUUUUCUAUGUGGGAGGGAAUUACCUUCUGUAGCUGGAAUUAUUAACCCUGGCGCUGAGGGGUUUCAGAAACUCUUUUUCGGUCAAGAGGAAAUUGCAAUCCCUGUGCAUUCGACUGUUGAGGCAGCUUGCACUGCUCACCCAACUGCUGAUGUGUUUAUCAACUUCGCAUCAUUCAGAAGUGCGGCUGCUUCAUCCAUGGCUGCUCUGAAGCAGCCAACUGUUCGAGUUGUGGCUAUCAUAGCUGAGGGUGUUCCUGAGGCAGACACCAAGCAAUUGAUUGCAUAUGCUCGGGCUAACAAUAAGGUUGUCAUUGGUCCGGCCACUGUUGGAGGCAUUCAAGCUGGAGCAUUCAAGAUAGGUGAAACUGCUGGAACAAUUGAUAACAUAAUUGCUUGCAAGCUUUACCGGUCUGGAUCUGUUGGAUUUGUCUCCAAAUCCGGUGGCAUGUCUAAUGAGCUGUAUAACGCCAUUGCCCGUGUAACUGAUGGAAUUUAUGAAGGUAUUGCAAUUGGAGGAGAUGUGUUCCCAGGAUCUACUCUUUCUGAUCAUGUUCUGCGGUUCAACAACAUCCCACAGGUUAAAAUAAUGGUUGUACUUGGGGAACUUGGUGGACGAGAUGAGUAUUCUCUAGUUGAAGCCUUAAAACAGGGAAAGGUAAACAAACCAGUGGUUGCUUGGGUUAGCGGAACUUGUGCACGACUCUUUAAAUCAGAAGUACAAUUUGGUCAUGCUGGUGCUAAAAGUGGUGGUGAGAUGGAAUCCGCUCAAGCAAAAAAUCAAGCAAUAAAAGAUGCCGGAGCUGUUGUUCCCACUUCAUAUGAAGCUUUUGAGACUGCAAUUAAGGAAACAUUUGAGAAACUGGUUGACGAAGGAAAGAUUACACCUGUAAAGGAGUUUACGCCUCCACAAAUCCCUGAAGAUCUUAACAUUGCAAUCAAGAGCGGAAAAGUCCGGGCACCAACCCAUAUUAUUUCUACCAUCUCUGAUGAAAGAGGUGAGGAACCGUGCUAUGCUGGCGUGCCAAUGUCUUCCAUUGUUGAACAGGGUUAUGGUGUGGGUGAUGUCAUCUCUCUUUUAUGGUUCAAGCGCAGCCUUCCACGUUACUGUACCCAUUUUAUGGAGAUAUGCAUCAUGUUGUGUGCUGACCAUGGUCCCUGUGUCUCUGGUGCUCACAACACUAUAGUAACAGCAAGGGCAGGAAAGGACCUAGUUUCCAGCCUUGUCUCAGGCUUGCUCACAAUUGGUCCCCGGUUUGGAGGCGCCAUUGAUGAUGCUUCUCGGUACUUCAAGGAUGCUUAUGACAAGGGUCUAACACCCUACGAGUUUGUUGAAGGCAUGAAAAAGAAGGGGAUUCGUGUUCCAGGUAUCGGGCACAGGAUCAAGAGAGGGGACAACAGGGAUAAAAGAGUAGAGCUUCUACAACGGUUUGCUCGCACACAUUUCCCUUCUGUUAAGUAUAUGGAGUAUGCUGUUCUAGUCGAAACCUACACUCUUUCAAAGGCCAAUAACUUGGUCCUUAACAUCGAUGGCGCGAUAGGGUCCCUUUUCUUGGAUCUCCUUGCAGGUAGCAGAAUGUUCACUAAACCAGAGAUUGAUGAGAUUGUUGGGAUUGGCUAUUUGAAUGGGCUCUUUGUGUUGGCACGUUCCAUUGGUUUGAUUGGGCACACCUUCGACCAGAAGAGAUUGAAACAACCUCUAUACCGUCACCCAUGGGAGGAUGUUCUCUACACCAAGUGAGAGACUUACAGAUAGCAGCUAGGUGAAGCGUGCCAUUGUGUACAAAGUAGACUCUUAUCAUUUAUCAAACAGAUGUUUCUAUAAGGCCUAAGCUUUGGGUAUCGAGGAGGAAUAAUAACAGAGUUGCUGGGAUUUAGAAGCAAAGAAUAUAGUUAACCAUCACCCUAAUGUAUGGGAAUUUGUCAGUUCUUGUUAUUCCCUUUGGAUUGUUUGGUCACCUUCUCUUGUUGUGGGAUGCUAAUAAAGGAAAUGAAAUUAGGGUUCUUUUUUU